GGUUUAUCAAAUAUAAUUUUUUUCCCUACGGUGUAUGAAACACUUCAAAAGACGAUUGAACAACAAUAUUCCGUCUGCAGUUUGUUUGAUCGGAAUGUGUCAAGUUGCUAACAUUUGCUCAAGGAAAUCGACCAUUCAAAAGCGAUGGAUGAAUACGAGGAAAUAAGCAAACGUUAGCCUUCCUUAGCUGGUGAUUUUUUUUUUGUGGCUAGCUACAUAAGCUGUCAUGAGCAAGAGAAACAUUUCAAUAUUAUUUGCAGCAAUUUGUUAAAUUAAAUGAGUUCAUGUGAGCUGCUGAUGUGAUUACUAACUAAAUCCAUAUGGUGUGAAUUCCCACCGCGCCUAUCGUUAGUUACUCUAGUUAACGUUAACUAGUUUGUCACCCUAAUCAUCCCCAAGACAAGGAAAAGACAAAAGUCAUACAUUUUUUUCCCUUCGUGACAAGAGGUGUCAGCUAUUGAAAUCUAAAAAGGGGGGAUGGGGAGGCUGUCAUCUUCGCAAUGCAGCACUAGGCAAAGAUCAACAACAAAAAAAACCCGAUCUGUCGUGGGCACUUGGAAUAGGAAAGAGAGCUGCGCAUCUUGGGCACACAGUUCGUGACUGGCUCGAUAGAUUAUUAUUAUUUUUGUUUGUUAUUGUUUUGUUUGGUCUUUCCUUCUCGGCCUUGUCGUUGGUAACCUCCAGGUAUCUUGCGGACUGCAGCCGUGGCAAUUAUAAUCUACCUUGCUAUUAUAUAGGCCUACACUGUUUGUCGCAAUGUGUCACUCAUUGUUACAAUAUUUUGGAAGUCAUUGGUAAAUGAUAUGUUGUACUACCGAAUACGUAGCUAAUGGUUGUUUUUUGUCGGUAUUAAACUCUGGGAGUCAACCUACCGAUGGCCAGUUAGCUCAUGUGUAUCAAUAGGGCUGGGUAGGGAUUGUGAUCCCUAUCCAAGGCCCGUGAUCCCUAUCCAAGACAGCAGCAUCGCUGUGUGAUGUCUGAUAGCAGCGUUGUAUGCCCCUGCGGCACCAGGAUAUUGCAGAUGCACACACUGGCAAUGUUGGUUUUUUUCUACAGCAAGGUGUGGUGAUGAUGAUGUUGACGAUAAAUGACAGUUACAAAAAAAAAAGAGUGGGAAAGAAGAGGAACUAAUGACACACACACUGAACGACCUCCGGGCACAGGUGUGACGUCAUUGGCAGCCCCAUCUUGGAUCUAGCAUGGCCUUCAGCAAAGGAUAUCGCAUCUACCACAAGUUGGACCCGCCCCCGUACAGCGUCAUCGUGGAAACCAGGAACAGAGAUGAAUGCCUCAUGUUCGAGUCGGGCGCCGUCGCCGUGCUAUCGGCUGCAGAGAAGGAGGCCAUUAAGAACACCUACACCAAGAUGAUGGACGCCUAUGGGAUUCUGGGAGUCCUACGCCUCAACCUGGGUGAUUCCAUGCUCCACAGCUUGGUGGUAGCAGCAGGCUGUAGCUCCGUAGGGAAGGUGCAAGACUCUGAGGUGUUCCGGGUCACGUCUACAGAGUUUGUUUCUCUGAAGAACGACCCGAGUGACGAGGACCGCAUCGCUGACGUCAGGAAAGUCCUGAACUCUGGGAAUUUUUAUUUCGCUUGGUCGUCCAGCGGCAUCAGCAUGGACCUCAGCCUCAAUGCUCACCGCCGGAUCAAAGAGGACACAACAGACAACCGUUUCUUCUGGAACCAGUCCCUUCACCUUCACCUAAAGCACUACGGUGUGAACUGUGAUGACUGGUUGCUGAGGUUGAUGUGUGGCGGGGUGGAGAUCAGGACGAUCUACGCAGGUCACAAACAGGCCAAGGCCUGCGUCAUCUCCCGCCUCAGCUCAGAGAGGGCCGGGACGCGCUUCAACGUCCGAGGGGCCAACGAUGACGGACAGGUUGCCAACUUCGUAGAGACUGAACAGGUGAUCUUCCUGGAUGACCAGGUGUCUUCCUUCAUCCAGAUCCGUGGUUCCAUUCCUCUGUUCUGGGAGCAACCAGGAAUACAGGUGGGCUCUCAUCGCGUCAAGCUCUCCAGAGGGUACGAGGCCAACGCACCGGCUUUUGAGAGACACUUCAGUGCCCUGAGGAGGCUGUAUGGGAAACAGGUGAUCAUCAACCUGCUAGGCAUGAAGGAGGGAGAACACAUGCUCAGCAAAGCAUUCCAGAGUCACCUGAAGGCGUCCGAACACGCCGGAGCUGUGAAGAUGAUUAACUUUGACUACCAUCAGAUGGUGAAGGGCGGCAAAGCUGACAAACUCCACAGUGUCCUCAAACCUCAGCUCGACAAGUUUCUGGAUGCCUGUAGCUUCUUCUGCUACUCUGGAGAGAAGGGGGUUACCAAGUCUCAGAGUGGUACCCUCAGGACCAACUGUCUAGACUGUCUAGACAGAACCAACAGUGUCCAGGCCUACUUCGCUUUGGAGAUGUUACCUAAACAGCUAGAGGACAUGGGUCUGACAGAGAAGCCCCAGCUGGUAGCCAGGUUUCAGGAAGUGUUCAGGUCCAUGUGGACGGUUAACGGAGACUCUGUCAGCAAGAUCUACGCUGGGACUGGAGCCCUGGAUGGAAAGGCUAAGGGGGGUAAGUUGAAGGACGGUGCUCGCUCUGUGACCAGAACCAUCCAGAAUAACUUCUUUGACAGUUCAAAGCAGGAGGCCAUUGACAUCCUCCGACUGGGCUCAACACUGAACAGUGACCUGGCAGACAAGGCCCGGGCCCUGCUCACCACCUCCAGUCUUUACGUCACUGAGCCUAUCUUACAAUCAGCCUCUCCCAGAGUUCUACUGGGAAUGUGUCAGAACCACCAGAAAUACACCCGUCCCAAACAGAUCAGGGUGUCCGUGGGUACGUGGAACGUCAACGGUGGAAAACAGUUCCGCAGCAUCGCCUUCCGCAACCAGACCCUCAACGAUUGGCUGCUGGACGCUCCGAUGAAGGCCGGGCUCCCAGACUUCCAGGACAGUAGAGCCAACCCACCAGAUAUCUUUGCCAUCGGCUUUGAGGAGAUGGUGGAGUUGAAUGCUGGUAACAUCGUCAGUGCCAGUACGACCAAUCAGAAGCUGUGGGCUGCAGAGCUGCAGAAGAACAUAUCCCGCGAUCAUAAAUACGUCCUGCUGGCAUCUGAGCAGCUCGUGGGAGUCUGUCUGUUUGUCUUCAUACGCCCUCACCACGCCCCCUACAUCAGGGACGUUGCCGUGGAUACCGUGAAGACGGGGAUGGGCGGAGCCACAGGUAACAAAGGGGGAGUGGCCAUCCGCAUGCUGUUCCAUACGACCAGUAUCUGUUUCGUCUGCUCCCACUUCGCUGCCGGCCAAUCACAGGUCAAGGAGAGGAACGAUGACUACAACGAGAUCACACGCAAACUCACCUUCCCCAUGGGUAGACUGCUCUACUCCCAUGACUACAUCUUCUGGUGCGGGGACUUUAACUACCGCAUCAGUCAGCCCAACGAGGAAGUGAAGGAGUUAAUCAGACAACAGAACUGGGAAGCCCUGACUGCCGGGGAUCAACUGGUGGACCAGAAGAACCAGGGACUGGUGUUCCGUGGGUUCAUCGAGGGCAAUUUGGACUUUGCUCCCACCUAUAAGUACGACCUGUUCUCAGACGACUAUGACACCAGUGAGAAGUGUCGUACCCCCGCCUGGACCGACCGCUGCCUAUGGAAGAGGAGGAAGUGGAACUUCGACAAGACUGCGGAGGAGAUGAACAUGGUCGGCCCAGUGGGAGAAGCAGAGGAACAGCAGCAGUACCCCUGGAGCCCUGGGAAGCUGAAAUACUACGGGAGGGCUGAGCUCAAGACCUCUGAUCACAGGCCCGUGAUGGCAGUGAUGGAUAUAGAUGUUCUGGAGGUGGAUCCAGAUGCCCGUCACCAGGUGUACAAGGAGGUGAUCGCCCUGCAGGGUCCUCCCGACGGAACCAUCCUGGUCUCACUCUGUUCCUCCGGUCCUGAUGACUACUUUGACGACGCGCUCAUCGACGAGCUGCUGGACAAGUUCGCUGUGUUUGGAGAGGUCAUCCUCAUCAGGUUUGUAGAGGAGAAGAUGUGGGUGACGUUUCUAGAGGGUUAUUCUGCUCUGGCUGCCCUGUCUCUGAGCGCCUCCACGGUUCUGGGUAAGGUGAUAGACAUUCGUCUGAAGAGUUCAGGUUGGAUUAAGAGUCUGGAGGAGGAGAUGAGUGUAGAGAGGAUCUGUGGAUCUGUCCCUACUUCCGCCAGCUCCUCUCUGCUGGCCGAGGACGCUGAUAUGGGAGAGGAUGACUACGAUAUGGAGGGCGAUGUGGAUGAGGAGUUGGAGGAUAUUCUCCCCCAACACCUUCAGCCCGGCGCAGGGCCCGGGCCCCUCUCCUCCCCCUCCCCUUCCCCGCGGGGCAGCCCCUCUCACUCCCCCACCCACGGAGAACCUGCUGCCCCCAGCAGACCCAGCCGAUCUGCCCCACGCUCUGCUGGACCACCGCAAGGGACUCCAGUGGACUUCCAGCCUGGUGCUCCUCAGGCCCUGGAGCCUAAACGCCCCCCUCCUCCUCGCCCCAACGCCCCGCCAGCCCGACCAGCUCCUCCUCAACGCCCUCCUCCUCCAUCAGGAGGCCUAAGCCCCAUGCCCGGGAGAAGAGACGUGGGAGGACAAAAAAGCCCUGCGCUCGCUAGACCUGCCUCAGGUCGUGUCCAAUCAGGUCCUGGAGGCCUGCCCAGACCGAACAUGCCUCAGAGGGCUGGGGUGAUCAGUGUGACCCCCCAGGCGCGUCCUGCCCACCCAGGUGCUCCCAGACCCACCCCAGAGGCACCGGGGGCUCCACGACCCACCCCAGACACUCACCCUGGCGCUCCCAGACCUGGCCCUGACGCCCAGCCUAAACCCACCGACCUGCCCCUUGGCCCCCCUCCUUCCGGACCCCCUCCAGUGAGACAUGUCCCCUCCCCGAUGCAGCCAACAAUGCAGCCCCAGUCUGCCUCUCCAGCCCAGCCUCCCAUGCAGCCACCCAUGCAACCAACCAUGCAACCAACCAUGCAACCAACCAUGGCUGCCCCAAUGCAGCCAACCAUGCAACCAACCAUGGCUGCCCCAAUGCAGCCAACCAUGCAACCAACCAUGGCUGCCCCAAUGCAGCCAACCAUGCAGGCUCCCAUGCAGCCCCAAAUGGCUGCUCCAAUGCUGCCCACACAGGCCGGAGCAGGGCUAGGGGCUACCGGGGCUGUGGCCCCCCAGGGGCUGUCCUCCCCCAAGCCCCCUCCCCGCUCCCGUUCCUCUCAUGUCCUGCCCCCUGAGACCACCACUACAGAGAAUGCCCCUGCAACCCAGAUCAAUGGGGUGAAUGGAAUCCAAAGAGAAGCACAAUGGAAGCCCGAACCCUUUGACACACUCACCUCUGACCUCUCCGCCUCUUGGCUCAACACCCAAUCACUGACCAGGAACUCCUCCUUACACUCAGCUCCUACCCUCACUUCAUCCCUCCACUCCACCCCUCUGUCCACCCUGCAGGGCUUCGACGACUCCUCUUCCUCCACCCUCCCCACUUCCCUCACCCUGUCUCUCCUCCCCCCUCCCCCGGUCCCAUCUCGAAGUAGGUCCCAGGAGGCCCUGCAGCGGGGCUCUCCCAGCCCCUUCCUGAGUGAUCCGGUCCCAGCCCGUCCCAACAGCACCAACCCCUUCACUGGUCCCCUGGUGCAGCAGGGUCAGAGGCGCUCCCUGACACCUGACUUCCUUGCCCAGCAGAAGGCCUCAAGGCCUGGUCUCGACAGGACCAUGUCUGCCUUCACCCAGCCCCUCGCCCCUACCGCAGCCCCGUUCCCAGCUUUUGCCACCAACAUGACGCCAGGGGCACCUGCACCCCCUCCAUCGCUCCACCGGACAAUGUCCCUGCUUGGCCCAUCGAUGACCCCCCUCAUCCCUGCUCCAGCGCUCCCUCUCCUGACUGCUCCCUCUCUCCCUGCCCCUAUGCUCCCCCUGGCUCUUCCUCUCUCUCGUCCUCUUCUUCCAGCCCCUGCCCUCCCCCUGUCUCCUCCCUCCUCCACCCCUGCCCUCCCCCUGUCUCCUCCCAACUCCACCCCUACCCCCCUGUCGUCCCGCCCCCAGCCCCCUCCUCCCCCUCGGGCCCAGCUGUGGGUGACCUUUGAUGAUGAUUCAGUCCUCCCUGUCCCAGCCAAGGCUCCACCAGCAGUCCCAACUGCUUCCACCUCCCCCUCGUCUCUCACCCAGACUCACUUCUCCUGCUCUGGUUUCGACUCUGACCCACACUGGGCCACUGGCUCCACCACCUUGACCUCCACAUUCCUCUCCCGGCCCCCUCCGAUCCCAGCCAGGGUGGUCCCAGGCAACAGCCAGCCCCCGCUCCCAGCCCGGGCCACAAACAACCUCCCUUUCCCCAAGGACUUCACUGAGAGAGAGGAGUGACCCGGAGAUGUAUGGUCCACCACAGAGGAAACGUGUCCUAUCUAGAGGAGUGUAGAUCUAUGGUCCACCACAGAGGAAACGUGUCCUAUCUAGAGGAGUGUAGAUCUAUGGUCCACCACAGAGGAAACGUGUCCUAUCUAGAGGAGUGUAGAUCUAUGGUCCACCACAGAGGCAACGUGUCCUAUCUAGAGGAGUGUAGAUCUAUGGUCCACCACAGAGGAAACGUGUCCUAUCUAGAGGAGUGUAGAUCUAUGGUCCACCACAGAGGCAACGUGUCCUAUCUAGAGGAGUGUAGAUCUAUGGUCCACCACAGAGGAAACGUGUCCUAUCUAGAGGAGUGUAGAUCUAUGGUCCACCACAGAGGCAACGUGUCCUAUCUAGAGGAGUGUAGAUCUAUGGUAAAUGUGAAUGUGUGUAUGGUUUGUAUAAAGAGUCAGGUAUUUAUCCCAUUUAGACUAAACCCCUCCCACUCCUGAAUAUUCAUAUACCACUGCUGUUCCCCAUUUAGACUAAACCCCUCCCACUCCUGAAUAUUCAUGUACCACUGCUGUUCAUAACAUCUUUGUUGCCGAUGUUGUUAACACAUCACAUGUCAUUAUGUGAAUAUGUAUGUUUCUCCUGGUCUUGUUUAUUUCGUUAUGGCAGGAAACAUGUUCCUGGGUCUAUAUCAAGGCUGUCCAACUCUGUUCCUGGAGAGAUAAACCUCCUGUAGGUUUUAACUCCAACUCUGUUCCUGGAGAGAAACCCUCCUGUAGGUUUUAACUCCAACCCUGUUCCUGGAGAGAGACCCUCCUGUAGGUUUUAACUCCAACCCUGUUCCUGGAGAGAGACCCUCCUGUAGGUUUUAACUCCAACCCUGUUCCUGGAGAGAGACCCUCCUGUAGGUUUUAACUCCAACCCUGUUCCUGGAGAGAGACCAUCCUGUAGGUUUUAACUCCAACCCCAGUUGUAACCAACCUGAUUCAGAUUUUCAACCAGCUAAUUAUUAGAAUCAGGUGCACUAGAUGAGGGUUGGAGUUAAAACCUACAGGAGGGUCUCUCUCCAGGAACAGGGUUGGAGUUAAAACCUACAGGAGGGUCUCUCUCCAGGAACAGGGUUGGACAGCCCUGGGUCUAUAUAGUUAAUGUCAAUGUAUAUCAAUAUAUAUAUAUAUCUAUCUAUGUGCUCAAAUGGUGUCAGCUCCUGUGUAAUAUUGAACAUGUCUACCUACGGCCAUACAGUUAGAUUUGUCACCGAGAUUCUCAUUCCAUAUGAUCAGCGUUCUAGGAUAUGACCACAUUCCCUACACUCAGCGGUGUGCCACGUUCACUGUUAUGACACGGUAGGGCUACAGUCACAUCCAUCGUUAUACUAGGCUGUAUGUAAGCAGCAGUAGCCUAGUCCCUGUCAUUCAAACAGAAACCCAGUUUCUACUCCUCACUGCUUAUUCAGUAUAGGGUGGAGUGCACUGCAGGAGCCAAAAUGGAACCCAGUUUCUACUCCUCACUGCUUAUUCAGUAUAGGGUGGAGUGCACUGCAGGAGCCAAAAUGGAACCCAGUUUCUACUCCUCACUGCUUAUUCAGUAUAGGGUGGAGUGCACUGCAGGAGCCAAAAUGGAACCCAGUUUCUACUCCUCACUGCUUAUUCAGUAUAGGGUGGAGUGCACUGCAGGAGCCAAAAUGGAACCCAGUUUCUACUCCUCACUGCUUAUUCAGUAUAGGGUGGAGUGCACUGCAGGAGCCAAAAUGGAACUCAGUUUCUACUCCUCACUGCUUAUUCAGUAUAGGGUGGAGUGCACUGCAGGAGCCAAAAUGGAACCCAGUUUCUAUUCCUCACUGCUUAUUCAGUAUAGGGUGGAGUGCACUGCAGGAGCCAAAAUGGAACCCAGUUUCUACUCCUCACUGCUUAUUCAGUAUAGGGUGGAGUGCACUGCAGGAGCCAAAAUGGAACCCAGUUUCUACUCCUCACUGCUUAUUCAGUAUAGGGUGGAGUGCACUGCAGGAGCCAAAAUGGAACCCAGUUUCUAUUCCUCACUGCUUAUUCAGUAUAGGGUGGAGUGCACUGCAGGAGCCAAAAUGGAACCCAGUUUCUACUCCUCACUGCUUAUUCAGUAUAGGGUGGAGUGCACUGCAGGAGCCAAAAUGGAACCCAGUUUCUACUCCUCACUGCUUAUUCAGUAUAGGGUGGAGUGCACUGCAGGAGCCAAAAUGGAACCCAGUUUCUACUCCUCACUGCUUAUUCAGUAUAGGGUGAAGUGCACUGCAGGAGCCAAAAUGGAACCCAGUUUCUAUUCCUCACUGCUUAUUCAGUAUAGGGUGGAGUGCACUGCAGGAGCCAAAAUGGAACCCAGUUUCUACUCCUCACUGCUUAUUCAGUAUAGGGUGGAGUGCACUGCAGGAGCCAAAAUGGAACCCAGUUUCUAUUCCUCACUGCUUAUUCAGUAUAGGGUGGAGUGCACUGCAGGAGCCAAAAUGGAACCCAGUUUCUAUUCCUCACUGCUUAUUCAGUAUAGGGUGGAGUGCACUGCAGGAGCCAAAAUGGAACCCAGUUUCUAUUCCUCACUGCUUAUUCAGUAUAGGGUGGAGUGCACUGCAGGAGCCAAAAUGGAACCCAGUUUCUAUUCCUCACUGCUUAUUCAGUAUGGCGUGGAGUGCACUGCAGGAGCCAAAAUGGCCAACUGUCAUGUCACUCAGCAUUGAUCAGAAAUCACCUUUGCUCUACAGAAUUUCUAGCCUGUUGUACAACGUCUUCACGCGUCUCUGUAUCAGGCAGGGCCAGAACUCACGGUUACUGAAUAUCUAUAUCUGUACAGUGCAACACCUAUUUUAUCUUUCAUGAAUGUACAUUGUACAGGUUGUUGUUGUCUCCUUGAGAUCACAAAUGAUGGUUUGUGUCUCUCUCUCUUCCCUGCCAUCUGCAUCUGUGUUUUGUGCUGUUGUGCUAAAGCUCAACAUGUUCUUUAGCCACAUAUCGACCUGUAUACAUUGUGUUUUUUGUAUAUUUUCAGAGAGCAGGCUAGUCUCCAAGACGUGUGUAUUCACGGUAUAACAGAUAUGCACUUAAGACUUAAUAUUAAGUCGACCAGAUUCUCUUGAGAGGUGUCGUGAAAAGCAUUAACGUUUUGGCGAGCGUGACGGAUUGAGAAAAGGGGAGAGACGGUUUUGACAGAUGACUUGGACUUAAACCUGCUUCCUCCUACUCCUCUGUAUCUCGUGUGUGUGUGUGUGUGUGUGUGUGUGUGUGUGUGUGUGUGUGUGUGUGUGUGUGUGUGUGUGUGUGUGUGUGUGUA